GCUUUGGAUCAACAUGGCUCUUUGGUUUGAAGGUCAUGGUUAUUCUAAGACUUAAUUCCCUGGAGUUGUUUUUCUUUUUCUUACCUCUGUCUUUAUCUUUUUCUCUCCUUAUUCUUUCUAUUUCCUCUUUGCAGACUAGUUCCACUAUGUCUCUGAUUUCUGAACCCUCCCUAGAACUGGUUCCCAAUUCAACAAGUGCAGACUUCAACAAGCCUCCUCACAUUUUGACAGUACUCUCGCAUUCUAAACCCGCUUCUGCAGGUCACAGUGGGGACUUGGCAGUAACAACAUUUGGCCCCUCAGCAGUCCUCCACAUCGAAGAAGGCAGUAACAAUGUAGGUCCUCCACCCUCGGGACGUUCUGCCACUCCUCCACGUGUGCCCUCUCUGCUGCAAACAGGCCCUGUGCCCCCACCACGAGUCUCUUCCAGUUCUGCUGUUCGUGGGGAGCAGAUGACAUCUGCAAGUUUGGUUAGGCCGAGUAGAAAGCCUGACUUUUCAAGAAAAGCUGUGCCGGCUUCCAGUGUGGAGCCUCUGUCUAGACCCACUAAUGUGGAAGCCCAAGGCCUAGAGUAUGAUUUGGUGAUAGAGACUGAAAAGAAGGAGCAGGGAAUAGAGCCCCAAACCUCAAAUAUUCCAGUUUCAAAUAUUGGAAUAAAUGGUCAAGGGAAGGGGCAGAUACCUAAGGAACUGGAUCGACAGGGAGCAUUUGGGGGUAGUUCAGCGUUUUUUUCUGAGCACAGAAGUGUGGAAACAGCUUUAGAUGAGCUGUGGGCCCUGCAGCUGUCUGAGCAUGCACCAGAGGUACGUGCAGAGAAUGACAGCAUCUCAAAUCCUGUGCAUGAGCCUUCUGUUGUGGCCCUGGAUCGGUGGGAUGUUUUUCCAGACACUAAAAAACAGUUAGGUUUUGUAGCACAGCAAGAACAAAAGCUAAAAGCUGAAGUACCAUAUGAAGUAGCAGUAGAUAUCUGCUCUGAUCUGACCAAGAAGAGACAGGGCAGAGAGAGAACUCCUAAGAAAGCAGGUACUAACAUCAAUAAAACCAGAGACCAGGAAAAUGAGCAAAUCAAAAGCCCUACAGUUGUUGCAGAGACUCCUGAAAAUGUUUGGAAAGCCGAAUGGGAUCUGCUGUGCGUCUCCAAGCCACCCAUUGAGAGGAUUUCUGCAUCAGGCCAGAUUAAGUCUGUAAUCAAGAGGACAAAAGAGACCGGGAAUGUGCAUCCAAUGUAUCGUGACCUCUCUCCAAGGCGUAAACUAGGUCCUGCCAUAUUUCACAAGACUGAGUCUCAGGAUCGCUUGAUUGAAGAGCUGCAGGACAAACUGGGCAUCGCUAAACAGGAACAGGAAGAGUGGAAAACCCAGGAUGAUUGGCUGACAGAGGGGGUCGUUAUCACUGCUAGACCCCAAAGGGAGGAUCAGAAUGGAGGACAGCAAGUAGAGAAGGUGGUCUUUCCGCCAGAAUCCCCGCUCCCCCCGAGGAGGACGAUCUCUGUUUCAGCCUCUCCCCCACUUCAGCCUUCUAAAGAAGCUGCAAAGACAGUCCCUGCUAAUGCUGCUCCCUCUUGUGUCCUUGGCCUUGCACCUCUCCUUCCACCCCUGCUUCAGGCUUCCCAUGUGCCAUCUACCUCAGCUCCUAGUCCAGUCUCUUCUUUCGGCUUGGCUCCUCAGACUCUGUUCCAAUGGGAAGCUUCUGAUGAUGAUUAUCAUGAACUUUCUGUUGUGGGCACCUCUCCUUCUGAAGAUCCUAGGCACUCCUGUUCUCCCCAGACCUGGAUCCCUAACACCAAGACAGUUGUUUCUGUUGGCUGUCAGACUGAAGACGACUCGCUCUUCCCACAGUUCAUGGCACAGGGUAAAGCUGGGAGCAGCUCCCCUCCAUCCACAGCCCCUAAACCUGGCAGCCAGUUGGACACCAUGCUGGGAAGUCUCCAGUCUGACCUGAACAAAUUGGGUGUAGCUACAGUUGCCAAAGGUGUCUGUGGAGCCUGCAAGAAGCCUAUUGCUGGGCAGGUAGUUACAGCCAUGGGGAAGACCUGGCACCCUGAGCACUUCGUCUGUACCCACUGCCAAGAAGAGAUUGGGUCACGGAACUUCUUUGAGCGAGAUGGUCAGCCCUACUGCGAGAAGGACUAUCACAACCUCUUCUCUCCUCGCUGCUACUACUGCAACGGGCCGAUUCUUGAUAAAGUGGUGACAGCUUUGGACAGGACAUGGCAUCCUGAACAUUUCUUCUGUGCCCAGUGUGGAGCUUUCUUUGGACCUGAAGGAUUUCAUGAGAAGGAUGGCAAAGCCUAUUGCCGCAAGGACUACUUUGACAUGUUUGCUCCCAAGUGUGGAGGCUGUGCCCGGGCUAUCCUGGAAAACUACAUCUCUGCCUUGAACACCCUGUGGCAUCCUGAAUGCUUUGUCUGUCGGGAAUGUUUCACACCAUUCAUCAAUGGCAGCUUCUUCGAGCACGACGGGCAGCCCUACUGUGAGGUGCAUUACCAUGAGCGUCGUGGCUCGCUGUGCUCUGGUUGCCAGAAGCCUAUCACAGGACGCUGCAUCACUGCUAUGGGCAAGAAAUUUCACCCCGAACACUUUGUCUGUGCCUUCUGCCUCAAGCAGCUCAACAAAGGAACCUUCAAAGAACAAAAUGACAAGCCCUACUGUCAGAACUGCUUUCUCAAACUCUUCUGUUAGAGGCAUCCUAGAUGGGAGCUAAGCAUCUUUCUGCCACCCCCUUGGCAGUUCUGUCUCUUUGAACAUUACUGUGAUUUAGAAACCUUACCAAGCAGGGGAGAAGGGGAGGGGGUGGGGUGGGAGUGCUUGCUGCUGCUAUGGAGAGGCAGUAGAUCCAGAAAUGAGAUGGACCAUUAAACUGGAAAUGCCCUUGCUGUAUCUCAGCAGAGAGAGGCUGAGUCCCCUCAUUACAGCGUGUGUGUCUGCGUGUGCAACUGACAGCUGAGCUUAGCCCCAGGGUUUGGGCAGGGAGGUUUCACCCAGCCCCCUCCUGGCAGAAGGAAUCUGUGCCAGUACUUUUCAGCCUGUGUCAGCUCUCUGAGCAAAUCGUGACACUUGCAGACAACACAGCCCUCCACUUUGACACCUCUCCCUAAAGCACUUGAGUGCAUUCAUGCAGUCUGAGCAAUAGCACAGUGAGGGCACCCUGUAAUCUUGGUGCCACCCUGGCUCUGCUCACCAAAGCCACGUGGCACGUGUGAUUUACUGAGAUGAGACAUCAGCACAGGCAGCCAAGACCCUGCAAGGGUCUCUCCAGUUCCAUUACACUGUAAGGAGUUGAUACCACUUACCUUUUCUUAAGAGGAAUUGAUGCAUUACUGUGUGGGUUUUUUUUUUCUGGUUUGUAAUUCUCUGCCCUUUCUCAAAACACUGGAGCAAGAGGUGGGGAAGAAGCCCCCGAUCACCCCUCAGCACUGAUGUCUGUUCCUGUGGGUGGGAUCCUGUGCAGGGCACCUCUGUCAGCACCCAGGCCUGCUCAGGGCAUCUGCUUCUCUUGGUGGCUGCCUCCAGGAGAGAGGAGGUGGCUGGCAUCAUCCCUUCUUUAAAAGCACGUGCAGAGAGGUUAGGGCACAACUUUUUCCAUCCAUCCCCACCGUGAGCGAAUGUGACGUGUGUAUCUGGCUGGAAAAUCUCCCACCUAUCAGGGCCUGAAAACAGUCACAGGAGCAGGGAGAAGUAGAGGGGUUUAAGAAGCCAGGAAAAAAAAAAGCUCCAGACUAUAGUUUCUUCUUCCUCUCUUUACUAAUGAGACCUGUCAGCCUUUGGUAUUUCCCUUUUCUGUGCUCUUGUUAAACAUGUUCUACUGAGAGACACUAGAGCAAUAACCUUUUAUAUUGACUGUUACUGGUAUAACAAGUCCCUUGGGUCAAGUGUGUGAUACACUUGCAGUUUUGCUAUCAAAGUGAAUACUGUAUCCUCUCUUUGAUAAGAACUGUAGAUUUCUACACUGAUUUUGAAUUCAUAUCUAAUUUACUUUUAAUCCUCUUAUACAGAAAUUGGUUUUGAAGUGAUUUUAAGAAAGCAACUUUUAUAUCUCGAGCUGUGCUGUUCUAGGCAGUGUGCCAGUUGUGCUGGUUUACUGCAUCUGUAACCUCAACGCUUUGUUAAACCUAACUAACAUUGAUUAUUUUCCUUUUAUUGCGGGUUGGGAGGGGCUGGAAUCUAUGGGAAGGGAAUGUGAUUUUUUUUUCCUAGCACAGGCAGGUGAACUGUGAAUAGCUUCUCCCUUCCCCCCUUUCUCCUCUAGGUAACCUAGAAGUGUGUUUUUUGGUUUUUAUUGUAAUCUGUAAACUGCUGUAUUUUAAUCACCUGCCUUUCUCCCAAAGCCUAGCUUCCAGGAUGUUAUAGUGAGUCUUAAUAUGAUGCUGCAGGGGGCAAGAGCUCAGAGCUUCACCCUCAGUUUAUCUUCUUCAGCCAUCUGAAAUCAGAGCAGGGCUAAUUGGGGAAGGGAUUCCUUUUCUCCUGUGGAAGAAUGGUCUUGUGACUAAAGAAAAGGAGGAGAAGGUGGGAGAUACAGACUCUGUUCCUGACUAGCUGUGUAACUUUUGGGCCAUUUAUUAAACCUUUGUGUGCCUCAGUUUCCCCAUCUGUAAAAUGGGGCCAUUUUUGCCUGGAUUCAUGAAGUUAUAGUGAAGCUUAGUUCAUGUUUGCUGAAGCACUUUUAGAUCUCUGGCUGGAGGGAUUCCUCUAUAGAAGGUUAAAUAUUAUGUUGAAAUACUCUACAGUGUUCUGUGGUAACAGCCAAAGCAGCCCAGGGAGCAAGCAGUGUUUGGAAUUAUACUCCAGAAUACUACAGCAAUAUUACUAUUGGAACAGGUAAUGUCGGGGGAUUAUGGUUUUCAGCUUGGUAGAUACGUUAGGGAUCUGGGGGUGACUGCUGGAAACAAGCCAGACCCCAGUUACUGUUCAAUGUAAUCUUGGCUUGGUGCUUCACUACUCUGCUUAAAUCAUUGCAAGUACUUUUAACCAGACUGCCAUACGAAUGAGCCUGUUUGUAGUAGUUAAAGCAAAGGGACCUGUGGAUGCAUUAGAACUAAAGCUAUGUCGGUUGGGCUGAGUGCGGCUUUUGGACAGUGCAAGAGGCAAGAAAACUUACAAAUUUAUCAUUUUAUUUUUGAAAUCAGUUUGACUUAAUCACAUAUAGCUUAGAAGUACUCAUUUUAUCUUGCUGAAAAGAUCAACUUGUUCUGGCCCCAAUAAGAGGAUGAAAGGCCUGUGCGCAGGACGGGGGGUGAGAAGGUUGGAGUGCUGUUUCUAGCACUAUAGCACUCGUUGUGCGACACCUACCAAACUGUGUAAUCAUGUGCCUCGGUUUCCCUGUCUGGGGAUCAUUUAACCUACCUCACUGCUUGUUGAGGCUUUCGUCAUUGACAUUUCUGGAGCGCAUGGAUGCGGGGUGCCACAGAAGUGUGGUGGUGGUACUGUAUGCCAGUACCAACAAGGGAAACUCUUCUGUCAUUAAUGCUAAGUGGAGAUCGUUAAACAAGCUAUCUCCUGAGCAAAAUAUUGAGCUUUUCCUGGAUUCAUCUGGUUUGUGACAUGCUGAGAUGCUACAUGGAUGCUGCUCAGCCAAAUCCUUACUUUUGUGGUGACUGCUGCCAAUAUGAAAGUCAAAAAUGCCUAUUGUUUUACUUCAGAUAUAGACUAGAAGGGCCAAGGUGCCGCACAGAGCAAGCGGGGAGGAUGAUGUGCUGUGGUAGCCCAGACGCUAGGGGGUUUGUGCCUGCCGGGCAGCACGCGGUGCUGCGGGAAGGACCCGCAAGACGGGCUGACGCUGCUGCAGGUCCUCCGGUAUGGCCGGAGGAGAGAGCCGUGGGUACCUGCUCUCAGGGGGCAGCCCCUUGUCUGAGGUACUUAAGCUUGGACACAUCACUUUCGUCGCCGCGUUUUGCCCGUGAAGGCCUUCGCGCUCCCUUUUCGGUGCUCUCCCGGUCCGAUGCGCUCUUGCCCUGCGCCCGAGGGCUGUCGGCGUAGAAAGGUCCCUUUCGAACCGCGUCUGGACUGCGCUGGGGGGCGGAUUCUCCUCUGGGUCGACAGUAAUUUGAUAUCUUUUUUUUUUCCUUGUAAACUUCUAACUCUGCUUUGUCCAUUUAAAAUUCUUGCAGUUAUGCUAAUAAAAUUUUUACCGUU